UUUGGCAGACAAAGAAGAGCAACAUCCUGCAGGAGGACAGCACACUCCCGGGGGAUGGGGCAUCAUACCCCUGCAUCGCGUUGGGGGGGCCGGAGGAGGCACAGGAGAGCCAUUCAGAAGAGCCGGGGGUCAAAGGUGAGAAGAGCAGAGGGCACCAUGGAGAGUGAGCCGGGGGCCCCUGCCUCCACGGCUAACAGCACCGGGACCACCACUUCCUCCACCACCAGCUCCUCCACCACCACCACCGUUGCCAGCAGCAGUAGUAGUGCCUCCAAUACUACUUCUACUACUUCCACCACCAGUAGUAGUAGUAGUAAUAAUAACAGCAGCAGUAUUAGUAACACUACCAGUAGUUCCAGUAUUAGUACCACAACAGGAAGACAGACAGUGCCUCAGAUAUCUGUGUACAGGAUACCUGACCGACAAACAGUGCAGGUGUUUCAGAAUGCACUACACAGACAGCCUAACACAGCAGCACAGUACCUGCAGCAGAUGUACGCUGCCCAGCAGCAGCAUCUGAUGCUGCAAACUGCUGCCCUCCAGCAACAGCACAGCCUCAGCACCGCUCAGCUCCAGAGCCUGGCCGCUGUACAGCAGGCCAGUAUCGCAGCUGGACGGCAAAGCUCUUCGCAGAACGGCACUUCAUCUCAGCAGACAGGAUCUACUCAGGCUACGAUCAACCAGACCACGUCCCCAGCGGCAGCUCAGCUGAUCAGCCGGGCCCAGAGCAUUAGUUCCACCCCCACCAGUAUUUCCCAGCAAGCUGUUCUGCUGGGCAGUCCAUCCAGCCCCACACUCAUGGCCAGCCAGGCACAGAUGUACCUGCGAGCACAGAUGGCCCAGCAGAGUAACCUGGUGCAGGUGGCCAGGAGCCUCGGCCGGACUGUUCCUCUGUCCCCUCAGCUGAUCUUCACUCCAACAGCUACCGUGACAGCUGUCCAGUCAGACAGCUCCUCCCAGGCCUCCUCACAGAAUCAGGUCCAGAACCUUGCCAUCCGUGGCCAGCAGGGGGCGACAACGUCUUCCUCUCAGACUCAGACUCUGCAGGCUCUCAGUCUGAAGCAGAGUCCUGUGCCCAUCCAGCCCACCCCACUGAUCAAGAAUCCUAACCACGGAACGCACGGCACGGUCGCUGCAGGAGGGAGGACCAGCUCCUCAGACAGCUCCUCUGAUGGAGUGAAGAAGGGGGAGGGUGCAGCAGUCACAGAAGUCCGAGCCAUAAACAUGAGCCGCAGUGUUACGGCUGUUAGCGCUCAGUCUCUCAUUGCCCCAGCGUACACCCAGAUUCAGCCGCAGUCCUUGGUUCAGCAACACAAGCAGCAGCAGCAGUUUGUUGUCCAUCAGAGUCCAGGUUCCCAGAAGACGACAGGUCAGCUGCUGCAGACGGCCUCCAUUCAGCCGUCGCAGCACCCUGUCCCUGUGCUGCCCAAACCUGCUCCACACCAGCCCUCCAUGCCCAGCCAGCAGGCGACCAUCUUCCACUCCACCAUCAGCCCCCACGCCCUCCACUCCUCCCUCAGCCACGCCAAAGCUCAACCCGUCCAGCUCACCGCCAUCAACCUUCAAAUACAGCCAACAGCUUCUCGGCUGCUUCAGGACAGUAAAGAUAAGCCAACCUCACUGGUGGUCAGAGAGACAUGUCCGACCCCAUCUCAACAACAGCAGCAGCAGCAACAACAACAACAACAACAACAACAACAACAGCAGCAGCAGCAGCAACAACAACAACAACAACAACAACAACAACAGCAGCAGCAGCAGCAGCAGCAACAACAACAACAGCAACAGCAACCUGUACCUUUACCAUCACAACCUGCCAAGCCUGUAGAGCAGACCAAGGUCGAUACCAUUACACCAGCUGUUCAGCAACAAGGAGGGGGCUCGACCAAGAAGCCGUCCGCUGCACCUGGGACUCCACCUCCAGCCAUGACCUCAGGAAAUGAGAGCGAGGUACCCAGCGUGACGGGCAGCGCUCCGCACAACGGGGAAAACAAACUGCCACAGGCCAUCGUCAAGCCCCAGGUCCUCACACAUGUCAUCGAAGGCUUUGUCAUCCAGGAAGGCGCCGAGCCGUUCCCGGUCUGUGUGGAGCGUCUGCCCAUUCUCAUCGACAGCCCAAAGAAGCUGGAUCAUCAGCUCUCCUCCGACCCUGACAAAACUCCGGUCAGCAACGCAGCAAAUACAGACUCCGAGCCAGAGGACAUGAACCAGCCAGACAAAGAACCAGAGCCGAAGCUGACAUGUGAAUACUGUGGCUGGGUCGACUUUGCCUACACCUUCAAGGCCUCGAAAAGAUUCUGCUCCAUGGUUUGUGCAAAGAGGUACAAUGUGGGCUGCACAAAGCGGAUAGGCCUUUUCCGUCCAGAGAGGAGUAAACCAACCAACCGCUGGCGACGAAGAUCUCAGGGUCGUUCCAGUGUGGAGGCUAAGAAGCAGCAGGAUGUCGCCUGUACAGUGUAUGGGCGCUGUGACAGCAGCCUUUAA